AUGAGUCAGUCAAACGACCAAGCGAAUACUCUGAUCAUCGCCUUAAAAGAUCGUGGUAUUCCAUUGAAAUAUGCUGAGGUUGAAGCAGCUUUUACCGACGAGAAGGAAGCUGCCGAGAACGAAAAAUGGGUGAUGAAGUACCUGAACCACGACACUCUUUUGUCCCAAGAGGAGCUCACUUUGUAUACAAAACUCGAAAGGACCGGCUCUUUACAGAAUAUUAUUCAUAACCCCGAUACAAAUGCGGACCGACCGUUUCUCGAUGAAGACAUUCGGAGGGCGAUUGACUCGCUGAACGCUUCAACCGCUGUGAUCCAGAAACAAAAACAGAUUUUAGUAUCCCAAUGCGACAAUAGAGACAAAGGGCUUCGUAUAGAAGGUGAGCAACAAGUCAGACGCAAUAUUGGCAUAGAACACCUGCGUCAGAGAUGCAGAUCGGAAAGACAAAGCACGAGUGCCGCGUCUAUUGAAUUGGCUCAGGAAGUGAAAGCGGGUUUGAAAAUCGAAUCAGAGAACACAGCGGUGGAUAGUAAAAGGAUAUUGUCAACUCUCGCAGCUUGGCUAAAGGAGGACAAUAGAGUACUAGCAGAUCUAGAGCGGCUUGGAUCCGGUAUAGGACCUACUGGAGAUGACGCCUCUGUAGUGAAACGGACCUCCGAGUUGAGCACGAUACUUGCCCAAUGUCUUGGAGAAGAAAUACAAUGUCGGCUCGAUCGAGUUUACUUGGAGAACAUCCGAGCCGGCCAAUUCAAGGCCAAGCAGAAGCUUAAUGAUGCUGUUGAUGAAGUUUCGGUCGCACUGGAAGAAGAACUGGAGUCGCUGUAUCCAGAGAUUGACCUUCUGGCUGAGAUGUAUACGAAGCAACAGUACACCGCACCUGUGUCACGCGCGCUCCAAAAUCAUCACGACCAGUUGCACGUUGCUUCCCACAAGAAACUCAACUAUAUCUUAGACCUGGUCGCCGCUAUGACAUUAUCUACGGAACGUCUCACCAAAUCCCUGCAAGAUCGCGAGUCAUUCUGCGGGACUCUCGAAACUUUGAAUGCUACAUAUCGAGCCAAAGUAGGGAAUCAGUUUCAUGAAAUAUCUGUACCAAGACGAGAGGAUUUUAGGAGAAGUUCGAUUCAACCAACGUUGGCAUCCACGCCUCCUGUGAAACGCAUCGAUUCACUUUCUGAGUCCCAUGCCCUCGCCGCUGUCUUGCGCCGCACAGGCUUAUUUUCCGAGUCGGCGUUCCAACCCGAGGAAGAACUUAUGGGCAUUGAUAUGCUUUUUGACGCGAGACAUCACAUGUUCGACUGUCUGCAGAAUUACGACAUUGCUGCAGAUGCACCACUGAUGACCGAAAUGAUCUCGAGUGAUCAAGCAACCCGGCUUCUUUCGUCCUCCUUAAAUGUCAAUUCAUGCAUGAAGACUUUGCUCACGAAUGACAUUCAUGAGGCCGAGCUCUCUGACCUUCAACUAAAACUAGAGCAUGUACAAAACGGGGUUGAAAUGCUGGACCUGGGAGUAGUUUUCCAACGUGAUAGGAAUCGAGAGACGUUUGUUGAGAAGUGGGGGUUGACAUAA